GGCAAGAUUUUAGAAAUUGUCUACGUAAGUAUGGGCGCUGCUCAACACCAUCUCUGACAGUAUUUCAAUUUGGAUGCCCACGAGAACGAACUAAGGGAUAAAAACAAAGAAAAAAAAAGUAAAACAAACAUGAGUUCCAUACCCGCGCAGUCAUCCUUCUCAGCGCUCGAUGCAGUGCCCCUCGACGCCAUCUAUAACCUCAAGGAGCUUUUCGAAGUGGACAAACAUGAGAAAAAAGUCAUCCUGGGUUUCGGCUUCUAUCGCGACAAUAAUUCCAAGCCCUGGGUUUUGCCGACUGUGGAAAAAACAGAAGAAGUAGUAAAUGUCGGGGCCUCCCUACAGGCAGACCUCCUGUCGGGUUUCUCCCACGCCUUUCCAGCUCCACCCACAUAG